GAGCUUAUGCAGCGCUAGCUGCCGGCGCCGCCUUUUCACCGGCCCUGCGGAGCGAAGCUGCCAGGACCGCCGCCGCGAAGAGCCACAGCACUGCUCCAAGGAGCAGCCCCCAAAGAACGCCACCAAACGCCGUCGGGGCAGCCUUAGGGCAGCCUUAACCCCAAAAUGGCCCACGCCCGUCGCCGCCUCCAGGGCGGCCCCGUCUCGGAGACCUGCGUCCGCGACGCCGCCGAGGACUUGAACCAAUAUGGCGAGAAGGUCGGCGUGAACCAAUUGCUGGGCGAAUAUGCGAUACGCAUACUGCGAGAUAAACCUCCCGAUCCCGUGAGCUACCUCAUAGAAGAGAUUUCCAAAAGACCCUUCCUCGUGAAGAAUUUAGCUGGGCGGAACGCCUUCUACCGGGACCCUCGGAAAGAUACGGCGGAGCAGCGAGCGCGGUUUUCUGCAUCUGCGGCGGCGUUCUUUGCCUCGCAAGAAUGCCAGCGGAUCUGCUCCCAAAAAGCGAAAGAGGCCCAGGACUGGCAGGCGCCCUCGACGCUACUCCAUGGCGCGCCCGUCGCGCAGAACAUCGCUAAUACCUCAAGUGGGCCUCGUUUGCUAGGUCCCGGCGAGCAGUCGGUAGACGAAGGCCCUGCUUACGCUAGGCAAUCAGGAGCCUACUCCGUCGACUUCGUCGCUGCUCUCGUGAGCGCUUCUUUAUGCUCUUCUCAGGGCGACGCUGAUAGAUUUGACAGUGGCGUGCUCGGCACUCAUCUGUUGCGGGGCUAUCUGUGCGGCCUGACGCCCGUCGCGGCGCCGUCGCGGGAGGACCCGUAUCCGAAAGCGCCGAGACCGGCGGCGCUCACGCCUCCCUUGGGGGGCGAGCCUCUGUUCGCCGAGGAUUCGCAAGUGGACGCGACGACGACCGCAAGGACGGAAACGGCGACGGCGAACGCCGUCAACGAUGAGGUGGUGGAGAAGAUCAAGGAGCGGUUCGAAGAUGAAGUUGUGGCCAGUGGAAAAGUUCAUGGGCGCUACCACGUCGCGCUCGCCUCGGGAAAAGUGAUCGAAGCCUGGCCGGCCCCCGAGACGCAGGGGUUGGCUGGCUUGGAGCGGGUCUAUCGAGCUCUAGAUGCGCCUCCCCUCGUCCCUCUCGAUGGACUGGUAGCGCAGGAAUGUGAACCGUGUUGCCGGUGGGAUGGAGUGGCCUCAUCGAAUGAAGAGGCGGAGCGCAUCGCGUUGUGGCUGGGCGCCUCAUUGGGCGUGCUCCACGCGGGCUCCGCCGGCCACCUGCCCGAGCUGCGCAAGCACGCCGAGUCGACUUAUAGACAGCACGCGGCCGUCGCGGGCGACGUCGAGUCGUUGGUGCGGACGGCCUGGGCGAACUACGCGAAGCAGGUCGAGGGGCUUGCGUCUAAGUAGCUUGAGUCUG